AGGUGACAAGUCACGAAUUUGUGGAGUGUCUCUCGCUCCAUCGACGUCGAACACCGCAGUGAGCUUCGACAGGAAGCUACGCUCGUCGAGUCCAGCUGCGGGCUUUGAGCUGGUUGAGAGGGUUGCGGACGAGACUCUGGAAGGUGCGGGAGUGGAUUGUGAAAUGCCAGUCAGGUGCUAGAAUUCUGUUCCUGGUGUCGAGAGUCGGCUCGAUCGGGCUGCUGCACGCAUGGCGUUGUCCUCUUUUUUCCCGCUGAAGUUACCGCAGCUUGCUCCUUCUCGACGUCGUUUCGUUGUUGUCAAAUGUGCUGCCGAUUCUCCCGCGGCCCCUCCCUCUCCUGCCAAGCUCGUCACCUUUGUUGGCAAGGGCGGAGUCGGCAAGACUACCUGUGCUGUGCUGGCCGCUCAGUACUAUGCCAGCCUGGGCUUGCGUACAUGUCUAGCAGUUCAGUCACAGGAUCCAACUGCUGAUUUCUUGUUGGGUGAGAAGCUUGGUACUUAUGCUGCUCCCUUGAAAAAUGGCUACCUUUCAGCAUUCCGAGUCGAAUCCACGAAGCUACUCGUGGAGCCAUGGUCCCAGCUUAAGAAAGCAGAUGCGCAACUGAAGUUUAGCCAAGGAGCUCUUGAUGAGGUAGUUAGCGAAGAACUGAGUAUCCUCCCAGGCAUGGACUCUUUCUUGGCAAUUGGUUUGUUGGACAGCUUAUCAAACUUCACAGGAAAUUCUAUUAAACUGAGACCUAAAAGCACAGAACAAUAUGACGUAGUAGUGUACGAUGGACCCAGUAGCGAGGAGAUUUUGCGAAUCAUUGGCGCGCCCGAAAGGGCCAGAUGGUACUUGAGACGGCUACGGAGUCUCGCUGAUAAAACUGAUACUGGAAGAGUGACAAUACCAUCAAUUAUGAAAGCAGUAGAGGCCUCCAUCUUAGAGGGACCGAGCGACCGAUCGACUGCUGAACUCUGGAAUGUUGUCGACUCCAUUUUUUCUAAAAUCAUAGACACAUUUGCGGAUCCUAAAAGAUUCGGAUGCUAUAUCGUGACAGACUUUCGCAGCCAACUUGCCAGCGAGACAGCUCUUCGAUACUGGGGUUGUGCCGUCCAGGCUGGAGUAUAUGUCAGUGGUGCCCUGCAUGUAGGUUCACCAGAGAACUCAGACCUUUUGAGUGACUCUGUUCGAGAGAAAUAUGAUCCACUAGCACUAGGUGAGGUUCCUUUAUUGUCGUUUAGGGCACCACCAGACUGGAAGAAGGUUCUGAGUGAGUUUCAAGCGGGAGACUUGUUAGAAAGCAAGCAAAAAACUGCUGCGCCUCCAGGCGUGGUGUUUGACAAGUCCGCGCGUACCGUGACUUUAUUCUUACCUGGUUUCGCAAAAUCGGAAAUCAAGCUAUCGCAGUGGAGGGGAGGUACGGAGUUGCUCGUCGAGGUAGGAGAUCAGCGGCGUAGUAUUCUUCUGCCUCCUGAUUUGAGGGGAAAGGUGGCUGGAGCCAAAUUUCUCAACAAGAGUUUGGUUGUCAGCAUUAAGAGUUCCUAAAGUGUUGUUCAAGCAUACACCGUCACAAAUUUAUAAAGCUUUUCAUUGAAAGCAGGGAAAACCAGUUCCUUCAAUUUCGCCCAUAUUGUAGUCUAAACUGUCCGUGCCUUCCUCUGAAUCUUUUACAAGCGUUAAAUGCAUUUAUUUCUGCGCUGUAUCGUAUAUAUGUAUUCGAAAUUCGUCAUCUAC